AUGACCUGGAGCAUGGCUUGGCUUUUCCUGGCGCUGGCAGCCUGCAUGCAUUCCGCUGGUUUCGCAAGCGGUGUGGCGACUAGCGAUGCAUCUAAGUGGAUCAGGGUUUCCAGAGACGGUCGGCACUGGCUGGCUGUGUCCGUGGUGGCUGCCAGUACUUCGUACGGUCACUUGGCUGGGCUACCUCCCUACCAGCUCACGGGACGGUAG